AUGACAGUAAUCAAAAACUUCUCUCCAUUAAGUCUACAAAUACUUCUACUGCUACUUUAUCCAGCAACGGUGAUACUGGGCUCAAUUUACUGGACCAUUGCACGCCCACCACCAAGUUAUUUCUCCAAAAAAUCAAAUAUAUUUAAUGUGUGGCUAGUUAAAAAUGAAAACACAAAAAAAGCACGAUGGAAAGCUGCGAUACGGUGGUUUCUUGCCACUGCAUAUUGGUUUAUAAUAACCCAGUGGUUCUUUGGUCCGUCUAUAAUUGAUCAAGUGUUCUUGUGGACCGGCGGCGAAUGCAUAAAAGAAGGUGCCUACAUGAUCCACACGAAAGCGUACGCAUGUAAAACGAAUGGAGGUCGUUGGAUCGGCGGUCACGAUGUUAGCGGUCACUGUUUCCUCUUGAUUCACGCGUCUUUAUUCCUCUGCGAAGAAUUCAGCAUUGUCGCAUAUCGGUAUCGUGAUUUCCGACCGGUGAUAAAAACCACGCAUAAAAUGGUGACGCGGGCGUUGCUUUUUUUGUUGGGCGUGUGGUGGUGGAUGCUUUUUAUGACUGGGAUCUUUUUUCAUAAUCUUAACGAGAAAUUGACGGGCAGUUUGUUUGGUGUGUUGUAUUGGAUUGUGAUGUAUGGUGUCGUGUUCCCGAAUUACGUAAAGAGCUGGAUGCCGUAUGACAUUUCUGAGGUUGUAAAGAACGGUGAGAGGAUUAAUUAUGUUGUUGAUGUGGAUAAUUCAAACGAGAACGGUAGUAGUAAAGAACAUCAUCAAUGA